AUGAAAGGCAGUCAUAGAAAUAAAGAUUAUUCCGCAGAAGGAGAAGGAGCUGGAAAACGACCAAAACGAAAGUGCCUUCAGUGGCAUCCAUUGCUAGCAAAGAAACUUCUUGACUUUUCAGAAGAGGAAGAAGAGGAAGACCAAGAGGAGGAUAUUGAUAAGUAUAAACAUGCAUUUAUGAAAGCAAAUCCUGGCUACAAAUGGUGUGCUACCACAAACAAGCCUGUGAAAUCCCCAACAUCCACUGUCAAUCCACGGGAGAAACUGUGGGCCUUCCCAUCUGACUCUUCAAGAGCCUUGCCAAGCCCCAAGAAAACAAAGCCUGAAGAAAUGCCUCAGCUUAACUUUGGGCUGGCUGAUCCUACUCAAAUGGGAGGCCUGAGCAUGCUGCUUUUAGCUGGAGAACAUGUUCUUGGUACACCAGAGAUAUCCUCUGGUACCUCCCACCCUGAUGUUCCGUCAAAACAAUGUCAAGCAUCAGCCUUGUUUCAGUUUGCAGAGAUCUGUUCGAAGACUUCACAGUUGGGCGGUGCUGAACCUGUAAAACGCUGUGGAGAGUCUGCACUCUUUCAACUGGCAGAGAUGUGCCUGGCAUCAGAGGGGGUGAAAAUGGAAGAAUCAAAGCUAAUAAAAGCCAAAGAAUCAGAUGGCGGAAGAAUUCAAGAACUGGAGAAGGGCAAGGAAGAAAGAGAAAUGAAAAUGGAGAAAAUAGAUGAAGCCAGGUUCCAGAAAGAAGCAGAAUUUGAAAAAUCAGCUAAGGAAAAUGUAAGAGAUUCUAAGGAAUUAAGAAAUUUUGAGGAGCUGCGAAUGGAUGAUAUAAUGGGUAUAAAAAUGGAAGCUCCUAAAGCAAUUAAAAAGGAAGAAUUAGAGGAAGAUCAAAAAUGUAGUCACUUCCCUGAUUUUUCUUACUCUGGCAGUAGCAAGAUAAUAAUAAGCGAUGUUCCCAGUAGGAAGGAUCACAUGUGCCAUCCUCAUGGCAUUAGGAUCAUCGAGAUUCCCACAGCGUUAAGCAAACCAGAAAAGCUAAAAAAGGAAAAGAAGAAAACCAGAAUGGAUCGACAGGGAAAUGAUAAAUCCACACCCAAGAAGACUUGCAAAAAGAGGCAGUCCUCGGAAUCUGAUAUCGAGAGUGUCAUGUACACCAUUGAAGCUGUUGCAAAGGGAGACUGGGGCAUCGAGAAGCUUGGAGAUACCCCUCGCAAGCAGGUGCAUACAUCCUCGAGUGGCAAGGGAAGCAUUUUGGAUGCCAAGCCACCAAAGAAGAAAGUGAAAUCAAGAGAGAAGAAAAUGUCAAAGGAGAGAUCCUCAGACACCACCCAAGAGUCAAGACCUCAAGAUUUUAUCAGUAUUUCUGCCAGCAAGAACAUUUCUGGUGAGGUCCCAGAGGGUAUAAAAGCAGAACCUUUGACCCCUACGGAGGAUGCAUUACCACCCAGUCUAUCGGGACAGGCCAAGCCUGAGGACAGUGAGUGUCACAGAAAAAUAGAGACUUGUGGCUCCCGGAAAUCUGAGAGGUCUUGCAAAGGUGCUCUUUAUAAAACCCUGGUGUCUGAGGGUAUGCUCACCUCUCUGCGAGCUAAUGUUGGCAGAGGGAAACGAAGGUCAGGAAAAGGAAAGUCCUCUGAUCAUGAAGAGUGUUGGCAUGAAGAAAGCUGGACAUUUCACCAGAGUGGGACCAGUGGAAGCAAGAAGUUCAAGAAGACAAAGCCAAAGGAAGACUCUCUCCUUGGCUCAGCAAAGUUGGAUGAAGAAUUUGAAAAGAAAUUCAACAGCCUCCCUCAGUAUAGUCCUGUUACAUUUGACCAGAAAUGUGUACCUGUCCCAAGAAAAAAGAAGAAGACCGGACAUAUGUCCUCAGAACCGACCAAAACCAGCAAAGGUCCUUUCCAGUCUCAGAAAAAGAACUUAUUCCACAAAAUUGUCAGCAAAUACAAGCACAAAAAGGAGAAGCCUAAUGUUCCAGAAAAAGGAAGUGGGAAUAAAUGGUCAAACAAGCAACUCUUCUUGGCUGCCAUUCACCCUACAGAAGCCAUAUUUUCAGAAGACAGAAACACCACAGAGCCUGCUUAUAAGGUUACAAAUGCCCCAUCCAUUCCCAACACUCCAGAGCCAACAAGGGCGCAAGAACCCUUGGUGGGCAGUCAAAAGAGAAAAGCAAGGAAAACCAAGAUCACACACCUUGUCAGGACAGCAGAUGGCCGGGUAUCACCAGCAGGAGGUACUUUGGAUGACAAACCAAAGGAACACCUGCAGAGGAGUCUUGUUAAGGUGACCGAGACAGGCUGCAAUGACGCAUGCUCACACAACCGAGAGGCCACGGAGACGCGGAGCAGCACCCCGGAGAUGCCCGCCGUGUCUGCGUUCUUCAGCCUCGCUGUGCCGGCCGAAGUGGCUGCCAUGGAACAUGCAUAG